CCGACCCCGGCCGCCCGGCCGCCGGUAGCUCCAGCCAUGGGCUCGGGGCGCGUGCCCGGGCUCUGCCUGCUCGUCCUGCUGGUCCACGCCCGCGCCGCCCAGCACAGCAAAGCCGUGCAAGAUGUGGACGAGUGUGUGGAAGGGACCGACAACUGCCACAUCGACGCCAUCUGCCAGAACACCCCACGGUCGUACAAGUGCAUCUGCAAGUCUGGCUACACGGGGGAUGGUAAACACUGCAAAGAUGUGGAUGAGUGUGAACGGGAGGAUAACGCAGGUUGUGUGCACGACUGUGUCAACAUCCCUGGCAAUUACCGAUGCACCUGCUAUGACGGAUUCCACCUGGCACAUGAUGGACACAACUGUCUGGAUGUGGACGAGUGUGCCGAGGGCAACGGCGGCUGUCAGCAAAGCUGUGUCAACAUGAUGGGCAGCUACGAGUGCCACUGCCGGGAGGGCUUCUUCCUCAGCGACAACCAGCACACCUGCAUCCAGCGGCCGGAAGAAGGAAUGAACUGCAUGAACAAGAACCACGGCUGUGCUCACAUUUGCCGGGAGACACCCAAAGGGGGUAUUGCCUGCGAAUGCCGCCCUGGCUUCGAGCUCACCAAGAACCAACGGGACUGUAAAUUAACGUGCAACUACGGCAACGGUGGCUGCCAGCACACAUGCGACGACACGGAGCAGGGCCCCCGGUGCGGCUGCCACGUCAAGUUCGUGCUCCACGCUGACGGGAAGACGUGCAUCGGGGAAAGGCGGCUAGAGCAGCACGUCCCCCCUCAGGCCGUUUCUAAUGAGACCUGUGCUGUCAACAACGGGGGCUGCGACAGCAAGUGCCACGAUGCAGCGACGGGCGUCCACUGCAGCUGCCCCGUGGGCUUCAUGCUGCAGGCAGACAGGAAGACCUGCAAAGACAUAGAUGAGUGCCGCCUGAACAACGGGGGCUGUGACCACAUUUGCCGCAACACGGUGGGCAGCUUCGAAUGCAGCUGCAAGAAGGGCUAUAAACUUCUCAUCAACGAGAGGAACUGCCAGGAUAUAGACGAGUGUUCCUUUGAUCGGACCUGUGACCAUAUCUGUGUGAACACACCAGGGAGCUUCCAGUGCCUCUGCCGUCAUGGCUACCUCCUGUAUGGCGUCACCCACUGUGGGGAUGUGGAUGAGUGCAGCAUCAACCGGGGAGGCUGCCGCUUUGGCUGCGUCAACACUCCUGGCAGCUACCAGUGUACCUGCCCAGCAGGCCAGGGCCGGCUGCACUGGAACGGGAAAGACUGCACAGAGCCAGUGAAGUGUCAGAGCAGUCCUGGUGCCUCAAAAGCCAUGCUCAGCUGCAACCGGUCUGGGAAGAAGGACACCUGUGCCCUGACCUGCCCGUCCCGGGCCCGGUUUUUGCCAGAGUCUGAGAAUGGCUUCACCGUGAGCUGUGGCAUCCCCAGCCCCAGGGCUGCUCCAGCCCGAGCUAGCCAUGCCGGGAACAGCACGAACUCCAACCACUGCCAUGAGGCUGCAGUGCUGACGGUUAAACAGCGGGCUUCCUUCAAGAUCAAAGACGCCAAGUGCCAUUUGCACCUGCGAAACAAAGGCAAAACUGAAGAGACUAGCAGAAUCACAGGGCCAGGUGGUGCUCCCUGCUCUGACUGCCAGGUCACCUUCAUCCACCUCAAAUGUGACUCCUCUCGGAAGGGCAAGGGCCGGCGGGCCCGGACCCCUCCAGGCAAGGAAGUCACUCGGCUCACUCUGGAACUGGAGGCAGAAGUCAGGGCCGAAGAGACCACAGCUGGCUGUGGGCUGCCCUGCCUCCGACAGCGGAUGGAACGGCGGCUAAAAGGAUCCCUGAAGAUGCUUAGAAAGUCCAUCAACCAGGACCGCUUCCUACUGCGCCUGGCAGGCCUCGAUUAUGAGCUGGCCCACAAGCCAGGCCCAGCGGCUGGGGAGCGAGUUGAACCAGUGGAGGCCUGCAGGCCUGGGCAGCACCGCUCUGGGGCCAAGUGUGUCAGCUGCCCGCAGGGAACGUAUUACCACGGCCAGACGGAGCAGUGUGUGCCAUGCCCAGCGGGCACCUUCCAGGAGAGAGAAGGGCAGCUCUCCUGCGACCUUUGCCCUGGGAGUGAUGCCCACGGGCCUCUUGGAGCCACCAACGUCACCACAUGUGCAGGUCAGUGCUCACCUGGCCAACACUCUGCAGAUGGGUUCAAGCCCUGCCAGCCAUGCCCACGUGGCACCUACCAACCUGAAGCAGGACGGACCCUGUGCUUCCCGUGCGGUGGGGGCCUCACCACUAAGCACGAGGGAGCCAUCUCCUUCCAAGACUGUGACACCAAAGUCCAGUGCUCCCCUGGGCACUACUACAACACCAGCAUCCACCGCUGUAUCCGCUGCGCCAUGGGCUCCUACCAGCCUGACUUCCGUCAGAACUUCUGCACCCGCUGUCCAGGAAACACAAGCACUGACUUUGAUGGCUCCACCAGUGUGACCCAGUGCAAGAAUCGCCAGUGUGGUGGGGAGCUGGGUGAGUUCACUGGCUAUAUCGAGUCCCCCAACUACCCAGGCAACUACCCAGCUGGUGUGGAAUGCGUCUGGAACAUCAACCCCCCACCCAAGCGCAAGAUUCUUAUCGUGGUACCCGAGAUCUUCCUGCCAUCUGAGGACGAGUGUGGGGACGUCCUCGUCAUGAGAAAGAACUCCUCCCCAUCCUCCAUUACCACCUAUGAGACCUGCCAGACCUACGAGCGCCCCAUCGCCUUCACAGCCCGCUCUAGGAAGCUCUGGAUCAACUUCAAGACAAGUGAAGCCAACAGCGCCCGUGGCUUCCAGAUCCCCUAUGUUACCUAUGAUGAGGACUACGAGCAGCUGGUAGAAGACAUUGUUCGAGAUGGCCGGCUCUAUGCAUCUGAAAACCACCAGGAAAUUUUAAAGGACAAGAAGCUCAUUAAAGCCUUCUUCGAGGUGCUGGCCCACCCCCAGAACUACUUCAAGUACACAGAGAAGCACAAGGAGAUGCUGCCGAAGUCUUUCAUCAAGCUGCUCCGCUCCAAAGUUUCCAGCUUCCUGAGGCCCUACAAAUAGUGCCCCAGGCCCAAGACCCAGGUUUCGAAGCCCCCACCCUCAGAUGAGGGACUCCUUCUGAUCUCUCUUUUUGGAGAGGAAAAAAAAAAUCUCCAUAUAGACUAAGCGCUCUGUCUUUCUGUUCCUCUAGCUUCCUUUCCAUGUCUCCUUUGGCCUCGCUCUUUGUCUUUACUUUCUCACUUCCUACAUGUUCCUGAAAAAGACAUUCAGUGCUGGCUGUGUUCUCCCGAGGGGUGGAGGGAUGGUAUCCCACUCCCCUCACUAGCCACACUGCCCAUUUCACCAGCCCACGUCCUCGGCCCUGUCAGCUUAGAAGGGUGCUUGAGGCCCACGAAGGAAGUGGGUCUACUGGGGGAGGGGGAGGAGGGGCUUCUGCUGUUAGAGGUUGUGCCUUGCUAGUCAGGAGCCAAAAUGUCCCCUGACUGUGCCCCCCAGGGAUAUUCUAAUAGCCCAGGGUUCUGCCAAAGAAGCCUUUGACUUACAGGCUUAAUGCCAGCACUCGUCCUCUGGGACACCUGGUUUGAGCCCUGGACCGCCCAGACAGUCAACUUUCCUGUCUAUGUGCAGCUCCUCUCCUUCUUGGCCCAUGUCUGCCUGGGGUCCAGUGCAUGAGGGCUUACAAAAGGCCCACACCACUGGCUAGUGGACACCAACUGAAUGAAGAAGAGCAGCAGGAAUUACCAUGUCGAAUAUGCCGCUGCUGCUCCCCGAGACAGACUCUCUCUGCAGGACAGAAACCAAGUUUUCAAGCAUCGCCCAAAAAAGAAAACAAAAAGAAAAUGUGUCCUUUAAAGGACUAGACUACAGAACAAUUGGAAGCCAGCCUCAAACACUAAUCCCUUUUCUUACUUGUCUUCUCUGGCCCAGCCAUUCCCUUACUCCCACCUGAGUGCUCCCUGGGGGAGCCCCACUCCCCAUGCUAAGUGUUGCCCUUAAAGAAACAUGACUGCUGACCAAAAGCCAGUCUGGGCCUUGCCCCCAGAGUUGUCUUUCCCCUGCAGUCCUGGAUGGCUUGUGGGCUCCACCAAAGAGGACUCUGCUCUGUAGCCAGCCCACAGCCACCUACCUCUGGCCCCAGGCCAUGGGCAGCAAGAGGAAUGUGUGCACGUGGCAAGCCUUCUGCCCACCUUGUCCACAUCUAAUAAGUGCAAUCAUUUUGAGUCUUUCUAUGUUGACUAGAGGGAGGGGUUUUUGUUUUCUGGUCUUGUUUUUUGUUUUUGUUUCUUUCUCCUCUAUUAGAACAACCCUAUUUAUAGCUGCCCAAGAGAGAAGAGUGUAUGCUUGGAGUGGAAGAAAAAAGGUUUUGAAUCUCAUGAGCCUCGAGUGCUGGAGCAUCUGAUCUGUCUCUUCUCCGCCAGCAGAGACACCUGAUGUGUGGGACCUGGUGGAGCAUUAAGGAGAGGGACCUGUGUUUGCUAAACCAAUCCCACCAUCCCUGUGCCUCCAUGGAUUCAGCAUGGACCUCAAGAUUGUAGAGGCCGAUGGAAGUGGUCAGUGAUUCUCCACCCCACGUAGGGAAAGCCUCCAUCUUUCCCCUGCUCUCAUCCGGUUUUCCCCUGAUGUGCGCGUGGAAGAGGACCAGGACCAACCCCUGGGGACAGGUUGACUCAGGGCCCUGAGGCCAGAGACAAGGCUGUGGGAGCCAAGAUUAGGACAGUUAGCCAGGCAUGGAGUUGUCUGCCUGACCUUGGCCAUUCUGCCUACCCCUGUCUGCCAUUUCCUCUUGGAGCUGACUUCAAGCCUAGCUUCCUCAACUACUGCUUUUCAAAAGGAAGAAGAAUCAAGUCCAUGCCCAAGUCCAGAUCCUUCACACACUCCACCUUCAGUCACUGCUGCCUGUAAAAUUAUUUUCCAUUUGCUCCUUCUAGUUCCCCCAAAGCUGUACCCCUAUUCAAUCAAAAGCUAACAGUUGACUCCUAGGCUCACUUCUAAUGACUAUCUCAAGCUAUUGUUCCUCAAAGAGGCUCAACGGUAAAUAAAGGAACCAGCAUGCGCUCCCCUUUGCCCCACCACGACUCCCGCCCCAAGUCAGUAGCAUUCACCAACCUUAGGCAGUAGGUAACCAAUGUCACAGCUAGAUCCACUGACAUUCGUUAGCCAACACCAUGGCCUGGGGGUGGAGUAUCUGGCUGCCUUUGUCUCUCUGGGCCAAAGAAGGUUCUGCUGUAGAGAUACAAAAUGGUUGCUUCCAAGCAGGUCAUUUAGGAGAAGGAUCCACACUUUGCAGGAAAUGCCAUGAAAAUUGCUUUAACCAACUUUGACCAUCCUCAUUCUCCACUGGAAGCUAGGAUAACUUUCUGAUUCCUCUCUCCCUACCAUUUUGCAUCUGUCUCAAAGCCAGAGUGCUUCCCAAUGCAUGCCUUCAGGGCCUGGCUCCUUGCUCUCCUUUCCUUUCCCGUCACCCCAUACACAGAAACACACUUCCUCUAACCGUUUAUUCCAUGGUUUCUGGGCCUUACAAAUGGUUUCCACAGUAUGGAAAGUACAGACCACCAAGCUUCUUAACUAAUGUCAAGACAGAUCCUGGAGACCAGAUGAAGACCUACUCAUGUCCACCAGAUUUGAUUUAUAAUUUAGGUUGUCCAAGUUGGGAGUUAAGAAUCCAGGCAAAGUUGCUUCUGUAGGCCCAGGGGAAUGAAACAAAGCGUUAGUAGAUGGAGGGGUCCACUUUCAGAGACUCUCUAGGCCUUUACAGGUCAGAAAAAGAGGUUUUUAUCAGUGUAGGGAAUGGUGUAAAUGGGAACCCUUCAGGAACAAGCCAAGAGGAAUUUGUAGGGUCACAGUAUUGACCCUACGUAACUGAGGCCUCAUUUAUCUUAUUACAAAAACCUGUCCUGAUUUGAGUCUCAGAAUGGGUAGCCAUUCUUUCAAGGGCUCCAAGCACCAAGUGAUGCAUAUCAGAAAGGCACUUAGAACUUCAGCAACAUGGCAAUCUCUUUUUACUUCUCUUCCUCCAUCUUUUUGUAUUAUUGGGCCAGGCCCAUUCCCAAAACCUUGAGGAACAAAGUCAGGAGAAAACUGACCAGAGCCUGGACUUGAACUGCCCUGCCCCAGGCCUACAAAUUCCCAGAGGCUGACAUCAAGCUGUGACUGCUCUGACUCCCUCAGGACUGGAUUAGUUUGAGGUGUUGGAGGCUCAGAUUCAUUGCUGAAAGUUCAGUAAUAUAGCCCUAGUCUUUAGACCUAAUGAAAGCUUUCAUAUCUGAGAAGUUCUCUCCAUACACAUGUUUGAGGUGACUGGAGAUUAGGGGGCCGUAUCUCAAAAUGUCAGAAAACAUAGAGUGCUGAAACUUCUGUAUUUGCUGCUUAACCUCAAUAUAACAGGCUCAAACUAGAGAAAGGGAGACAAAGUAUAACUGACCAUAAGCAGAAAAUAAUGUUAACCUGCUUGGCUUCUUUCUUAAGCAUUGUAAGAGAAAAGUGGAAGCAAACAACACAAGGAUAUCCUUAAAUUUGACUUGUCUCAAAGGUAGCAUACUCUGUCCUUGGGCCAUUAUUUGGACUAGGAACCCUCUACAAAAAUAUGUGAUAACAGGGACUAGAACCCCCAGUUCUGUUAUCAGCUUAUCUAGACAACACAGAUUAUAACCGUUUAGACAAACCGAAAACAUUCUUCUGUGUGAGCUGAACUUAAGUUUCAGAAAAUAAUCAUUACCAUGUGGGAGGCUUUCUUUUUUAAUGCAGAAGAAAUCUCAAAGUAUUUGUAUUUAUAUCUACCUUCCACUGCUGCCGAUAUAGUAAACAUCUCCUACACAACAAUAAAUGAUGCAGUUUAUAGAGUAUUUUGCACUUGGGGGAAAAAAUGUAUCUGAACUUGUAAAAAGAAAUGUUUGGAUUUUGUAUUGUCCUUUUUAUAAUUAUUAUUAAAAUACUAAAUGAAACUCCUCAGUCUGGCAUCUUUUCCUGUCUCAAUAGUUUACCCUAGAGCUGAAAAAAGCUUUGAGGAGAAAAUGUGUCUUCUGGCUUUCAGACAGGACUUACCCCAAUUUUUCAUUUAUCCUUCUUAUUCAUAAAGAUUUUAGAAUCUGAAAAGGCUUGUCUAUUUUAAAAAGCAGUAUCGAGAACUAUCGUGAGUGCAAGAAAUUUGGAGUAUCAUUGCUCAUCAUAAUAUAGUCCCCAAAAUCUAACCAUAAGACUUCCCUAGCUGUCCAGUGGUUACGGCUUCACUUUUCAAUGCAGGCAGUGCAGGUUCCAUCCCUUAGCUCCCACAUGCCUCAGGGCCAAAAACCCAAAAUGUAAAACAAAAGCAAUAUUGUAACAAAUUCAAUAAAGACUUUAAAGUGGUCCACAUAAAAAACAACAACAAAAAUCUAACCAUGGUUCACCUUCCUAGUUUAGAUGUCCCAUCUCUAGCAAAGUACCAACACAGAGUCACGAAGGUUUUCUUUUUAUGCAGUACACUCUUGGUCACAAACAAUAUUCUGAAAUACAGAUCAUUCAGCCACUACCAACAUAAGUACAUAGGUCUUGGGAAAGUAAUCUCUAAUCUCUUAAAAAUGAACAGUCUCAAUUUCUAGGCUCAGAGAUGAUUGUUGCAAUUAUGUUCCAUGACAUGAAAUUUUAUUGGAUUUAACAGUUCCGUGAUAUAGCCAUUAAAGAGGAACAAGGAAAAAUCAACCCAAUCAAAAACUAUGCAUCUAAAAAAACACACAUCUAUAAAGCACAUGGGUGCAUUCUAUUCCACAGUUACUGAGCUCCUAUUAUGUGCCUAUCAUCGAGUAUUAGGCUAUCAUAGCUGGAUACUAAUAGCCAUGCUCAAGAUCUGCAUUCCUCAUGUAAGACUGAUUACAACUGAUCUUGCCACAUGGAUCUGCCACAAGGAGAGAGAAUCCAGUUUACUUGGUGAUUAUGAGUAUAAAUUAACUCAAUGGCAUUCUAUUUCAUACGUUAACUUCCUGUAAGUUUGAUUCACAGCUUUGUGUUGACUGACAAGAAUCACCUUUUUAGAAUUGCAAAGCUGAGGACCAUAUCCAUGGAUCAUAGUAAAUGACUACAUCAACUUGGGGUCAUCUUCUCUGACUUCUUUCCUAAUCCUCUUCUAUUCCAAACACACCAAGCCUACUCCUCCUCUCUAGGACACUUGCAAUUAUGUCCUAGAAUAAUGUAUAGUCACGACCAGUGGAGUAUGGGUCUGUCUAUAUCAAGCAAUCCUUUUAAAGGGAGGCACAUGAAGACUUUCCAAGGAAGUCUUCCUAAAGUAUGUGAAGACUUUCCAAGGGAUACCUGGGCAAGGAAAUCAAUCUGAGGAGAGUUUUAAGCAAAAACACUCCAGUUCCUCAACUUCUGUAAGAUAUCUUCCCUAAAACUAAUCUGUUUGAGAGCCAGCCAGCAUAUAUAUAUAUUCAUGCUAUCUCCAUUCCAGCUCCUCUUUCACCAUAGUCCUUGUCUUACUUUACAAAGGAAAGGUGUUUCCCUCACCUACACUGAAUCUUGAUGCAUGGCCCAGAGUGUAAAAACCUGAGGAGUAGAAGGAAGGAGUUGUUUUUUCGCUUCAUAACAAAAUAUUCCCAUUACAAUCAGUACUCUUAUUUCAUCUUAGAAAAUGUUUCCUAUUUUCUACCACCUGCUAACAAAAAAAAGAAAUUGUUAGCUGCUCAAACCAUUAUUUCCUACCAAAACCCUUUUUUUAUUAAAUACG